CAAGGUCAGGGGCAGUGGCUGCACUUUGCUGGAGCAGCGUGAAGUGAUACCCCAUGUCCAAGGACUGGAUAAAAAUAAUUUGCUGAGAUGUCAGCUGGGAAUUCUCCCAGGGAAAGCCUGGAAAUGGAGAGCUUCCACACAAGAUUCAGUGCCUGGACACCUUUCAGCAACAAGUCAUUAAAUCGACAGGCGAGUCACAUAUUCUAGAAUAAGAUAAGAUUAAAUUCUAGGGUGACUUUUACUGUGAUAUAUUGGGUCUCCUGUUACCAUAUUUAAAUUAAAUGCUUGUAAGAACUUAGUUUUUGAGUCACUUUAAACAGAAAUGAACAUAUAUUUGUUUGCCCCAAAGAUAAUCUCUCUUUAGCCCAGUUCACAACUCCAGUUUUAUGGAAGGCACAAGACCUGCCCCCACUUUUGUCCUGUUUAUACCUCAGGAAACAAAACAGAAACCUCCAGGACACACCCUGAUUGCUGUAAGGGUGGUGUUUUGGUGUGGAGAGCAUUAGUGUGUGUGUUUCUUUAAUUUUCUCUUCCCUCUUGUGCCUACUGCACAGUUCCCUGGGGCCUGAGGAUUCCCCCUCCUUUGAAAGGUAAUUUGAGAGGUAGUCACUGAAUGGCCCAGGCAGCUCUGCCAGACCUCCAUGGAGCAGGAGGCUGCCUGGGUACUCAGAGCUCAAGCGUGACCCAGGCUCGUUCACAAAGGAAAGAGACCAGACGGGCUGGGACCAAAGCCUGACUAGUAAUAACACCAAUGAGUUUAUAUAUGUCGUGAAGCCAACCUGGACUGAGGUCCUGGUUUGGGGGCACACUGGUCCUGGUGUGUCUUUUGUGGAGACACUCCUAACAAAGGCUAUUUAUUCAGUAAUAUUUACUAACUUUCAUUUUGGUGGGUGUUAUAAAAAUGUAGGACUCUGGCUUAGUAAAAUCACACCUACUCCACAUGGCCCUGUUUUCACAAUUAAGCAAGUAACUGGUAUGUAUUUUCAAGAUGAAAUGUUUGUGAUCUGUUUCUCCGGACCACACUAGUUUAGGUAGAAACAAGAGUGAGGAUUCAUUACUUCUUUGCGCCCUCCUUGGGCACCUCUGUAAUUACGUCCCCACCAGCCUUUCCCACCUGCCUACCCAGCAAGCCUGGGCUUGCAUCCCUGGAUAAAAAGCAGUUUAAGCUGAAGGGAAAGACCCUUACUAAUGUGGAAGCGCUUUAUGAACUGGAACGUGCAAAGCAAAUAUUAGCUGUGAGGUUGUUAGGUUGCUUAUGUCUUGCUUAGCAACUUAGAAUAUGUUGAAAUGUCAUUUCUCCCCCAACUUGUAGCUCUUUCAGGAAAGAGUUGCUCUUAUAAGUCACUGGUUUGAUCUCUGGACUAACAAGCAACGUCAAGAAUUCUUAUUCACGAUUUUUUUACGAUGCACUAAAUCACAACUAAGGGUUAUCCAAGACUGGUUUUCAGAAAGGAUGCAAGUGGCCAAAGUGGAUUUCUCUACAGUGUUACCACGCUUCAUUUCUCUAUAUAUCUUUUCCUUUCUGAAUCCAAAAGAUUUGUGUGCAGCUGCACAAGUCAGCUGGCCCUGGAAAUUUUUGACUGAACAGGAUUGCUUAUGGAUGCCCAAAUGCAUGAAGUUUGGAUGGUUUCUGCCCUAUACACCAACAGAUAAUGAGUACGGUGCUUGGAAACACCAUUACAUUGCUUGUGUGUCCAACUUAGAUUGGCUAACCCCUAGGGAAGCCGCUGCUGUUUAUGGGACUCUGAAUGAACCCAAAACAGAAGAUGAAGAGCUACAGGAGAGGCAAAGAGAAAGGUGCCUAAGGAAAAUAAUUUGGGAGAAAAUUGCACUACAUAAGAAGGAGUUGUUCAAAGUUCGACCCCCUUGGGUGAGUGGAACACACUGCUCUAGAUUGUUCAAAUCCAAAUGCCAACCACGUCUCUCCCAGACUGCGAGGGAUCGAGUGGGAUUACACGAAACUUUGGAGAAACAGCUUGUUUUGUCAUCUUUAGAAUCUUUGCCCAAGCGAAGCAACAUUUCUGGAUGCCAUUCCUACCCUUUAUUAUCAAAGAAAAAUUGGCGUGGAGUUUAUAAAAAUGACAGCGGUUCUUCAAAUGCUCUCCAGCCACACUUCAUAUUAAUAUCAUCUUGGAUUCCUGCAUAUGAGAUGGUGGCAAACAGUGUUAGAGCAGGUAUCAUUUCUGUGGUGUAUGAACACAGUGGCCUAACCUUGGAGACCCUACUUUAUCUCAUAGAAAAAGCUCUAGAUGGGCAGAUGGCACAGAGUGUGGGAAUAUUCAGUGACGGAGAUAGCAGAGAAAUCAACUUACUCCAAGGCUAUAAAAUUGGUAUUAAAAAUUUAUUGAGGCCUGAAGUGAGAGACUUCUGGGAAAAAUUAGGAAGCUAUGUGGCCCCCAAAGAAGAAGGGGGUCACGUGGACCUCUUUGUACCACUUGGAGCAUCAGAGGCAGGAAUAGAAGUUCUUUCUCAGCUGUCUCAACUGACUGGCACAUUAUUUACUGCUCCCACUGGGAUUGCCACUGGCUCUUACCAACAUCUUCUUAGUGACUGGCUGGGACCACAGUGGGAAACGGCACCCCCUUCCAUCUACUUCAGCGAAUCAAAGCUGCAGACAUGGACCAGCCUCACCGACUUCCUGGAAGACACCUUGAAAUCAGUAAGGAAACAACUAAGUCCUCUCUUCAAGGAGUUGCAGAAGAACAUCAGUGGCAGGAUGAUAGGGCAAUUUGUAUUUGACACCAUGAGUGUGGCUAACAUUCUGAAUAACCAAGAAAUCAUACAAGCUCUGGCAGAUGGAUUUAUAGAGCUUUCAAAAGAAAAUUCUGACAACCCUCUGGAAUUUUUGUCAUAUUUUCUGCUAAAGAAAUGUAGUAAAAAGAGCAAGCAUUUUGAAGGAAAUGUCAUUCUGACACAAAAUGACCCAAAGGCAACACACAGUUUACUCACAAAGGAAAGAGAUGUUAUAGAAGAUAACCCUCAGGACACAAAACCAAGUCUCAGCAAAAAUGAUCCAAAUUUUGAGUUGCUGGUUAAGCUGGAGAGAAAACUCCAGCUGGAUUCAGCCGAAAAGCGAACCAGAGUCGUCAGGGAACUCUUACAGAGCGAGAGAAAAUAUGUGCAGAUGCUGGAAAUUGUGAGAGAUGUUUAUGUGAGGCCACUGAGAGCGGCGCUGUCAUCAAACAGAGCCAGUCUGAGUGCUGCAAACAUCCAGAUCAUGUUCUCUGAUAUUCUGCAGAUCUUAUGUCUCAACAGGCGGUUUCUAGAUGACCUGAGAGACAGACUACAGGAAUGGGGCCCCGCUCACUGUGUGGGAGAAAUAUUCAUAAAGUUUGGAAGCCAGUUGAACACGUAUACCAAUUUCUUCAACAAUUACCCUGUGGUUCUAAAAACUAUUGAGAAGUGCAGAGAAAUGAUACCAGCCUUCCGAGCUUUCCUGAAGAGGCAUGAUAAGACCAUUGUUACCAAAAUGCUGAGUCUUCCGGAGCUGCUUUUGUACCCAUCCCGGAGGUUUGAAGAAUAUAUUCAUCUUCUCUAUGCUCUGAGGCUUCACACUCCUGCGGAACAUAUUGACCGUGGAAACUUGACCAUUGCAAUUGACCAAAUCAAAAAUUACAAAGGCUACAUAGAUCAGAUGAAGCGGAACAUCAAUAUGAAAGAUCACCUGUUAGACAUACAGAGACUCAUCUGGGGGUGCCCUACUCUAUCAGAAGCAAACAGAUAUCUGAUUAGGGUUCAAGAUGUGGCCCAACUUCACUGCUGUGAUGAGGACAUAAGUUUCUAUUUAAGGCUCUAUGAACAUACCUGUGAUCUCAGUCUUUUCCUCUUCAAUGAUGCACUGCUCGUUUCUAGUCGGGGUACAUCUCAUACUCCAUUUGAAAGGACUUCAAAAUCAACCUACCAAUUCAUUGCAUCAGUGGCACUUCAUAGGUUAAUCAUAGAAGACAUACCAGAUUCCAAAUUUAUCAAGAAUGCAUUUAUUCUUCAAGGUCCAAAACAUGAAUGGAUUUGUGCAACAGAAGUUGAGGAUGAUAAAUUUCUAUGGUUGUCUGUACUCCAAAAUGCCAUCAAAAGUAGUAUGGAAAAGUGAGUCUGGACUUCAAACACCAGGGGUGCCAAUCUGCCCUGACAAAGACAGCAUGUUGUUUUCUGUUCCAGAAGAUCCAGUAAGAAGCAGAAUAAUGGUUCAUCACAGAUGAUCGGUGGAUGAACUAGGGGGACGCAUAAAGUUCCUCCUAACUUUUAAACUUUAUCGUCUAUGCUAAAUUAGGUGAAAUGGAUAAGAAAAAUUUGAAUAUAAAAAUUUGAACCACUUCUUUUGAUAGUUGUUUUUCAUGGACAGUAUUAUUUAAUCUG